AUGCUUCCUCCACAACGAAAGUGCUUCGACUUCAUUGUCCCGUCACGCCAUUUCCCAGGUGGACCGAAUCGAUUCGGUCUACGGUCGGACCGGGUUGUCUACAUUCGUUUCAUGCUAAUAAAUGCCGGUUCACGCCUCCGAUCCGCCUCUGCAUCGACGGCGGUCGACCAUGUGCAAAGAGAGAAAAGAAAUUACGGGUCAGCUUUCCUUCCUGUGGCGCUGUGUCACAAUCCCGAGAGCGACGCCUACGAGGUGUCAAUGAAGGGCAAAAUAAUCAUGUGUAAUUCCUGGGUGAUUCUUGUGUCAACUGUGAUAUGUGCCACUGUGAGUUCUGCCUUGGACAAUGGGCUUGGACAGACACCUCCAAUGGGAUGGCUAGCAUGGGAGCGCUUCCGAUGUAAUACAGAUUGUGUCAAUGACCCCGAGCAUUGUAUCAGUGAGCACCUCUUCAAGACAAUGGCUGAUCUGGUUGUAUCAGAAGGCUAUGCUGAUGCUGGAUACAGAUACAUCAAUGUGGAUGACUGCUGGCUUGCCAGGGAAAGGGAUGCCUAUGGACGGUUGCAGCCUGAUCCUCAGAGAUUCCCAAGUGGCAUGAAAGCUUUGGCUGAUUAUGUGCAUUCCAAGGGGCUUCUUUUUGGAAUUUAUGAGGACUAUGGGAAUUUCACCUGUGCUGGCUACCCUGGAAUCCUAGGCCACUUAGAAGUGGAUGCCUACACAUUUGCUUCUUGGGAUGUUGAUUAUGUGAAACUUGAUGGCUGCUAUUCUCAUCCCAAAGAUAUGGAUCGAGGCUACACGGAGUUCGGUCACUAUCUCCUCCAGACACGUCGACCCAUGCUUUAUUCCUGCUCAUGGCCUGUGUACCAGAUCUAUGCAGGGAUCACGCCAAAUUAUACAGCAAUCAAGUCAGUAUGCAACCUGUGGCGAAACUACGAUGAUAUCCAGGACUCGUGGGCAAGUGUUAUGAAAAUAGUAGACUACUACGGUGAUAAUCAAGAGUUCAUUGUACCUAAUGCUGGUCCAGGACACUGGAAUGACCCUGAUAUGCUGAUCGUUGGGAAUUUUGGACUGAGUUAUGAGCAGAGCAAGGUGCAGAUGGCACUUUGGGCAAUCCUGGCUGCUCCACUCCUGAUGUCUGUGGACCUGCGAACAAUUCGACCUGAGUAUAAGGCCAUCUUGCAGAACAGAGGCAUCAUUCGAGUCAACCAAGAUCCACUCGGCAUUCAAGGAAAACGCAUUUUCAGGGACAAAGGCAUCGAGAUCUGGGCCCGUCCCAUAACCCCAGUCCAUGCAGGGAAGUAUUCCUAUGGUGUUGCCUUUGUCAACCGUCGCACUGAUGGAACCCCGACAGAAGUCUCUGUCACCCUUCAUGAGAUGGGACUGGACAAUCAAAAUGGCUACCGAAUCACUGACUUGUAUGCAGAACGAGAUCUUGGAGUCCUGCUACCUCAUGGAAGGUUGACUGUGGAUGUUAAUCCAUCAGGUGUUGUGAUCGUGCGAUGUGACGUUCAGCCCACCCGUCUCUUCACUCAGAAUGAAUUGGAUGCUGGACUCUUUUUCUCUAAUCGCAGGCCUUUCAACUCAUUCCAACACAAAGCAACCAUGAGGAAUUCCUGGGCGAUCCUCGCAUCAACCGUGAUAUUAGCGACGGUGAGCUCCGCGUUGGAGAACGGGCUCGCACGGACGCCUCCCAUGGGGUGGCUGGCGUGGGAGCGGUUCAGGUGUAAUACGGACUGCGCUGGCGACCCUGAGAAUUGCAUCAGCGAAAACCUGUUCAAGACGAUGGCCGAUCUAGUCGUAUCGGAGGGCUAUGCAGAGGCUGGAUACAAUCACAUCAACUUGGACGACUGCUGGCUCGCCGGGGAAAGGGAUGCCGACGGGCGGUUGCAGCCCGACCCCGACCGAUUCCCGAGCGGCAUCAAGGCCUUGGCCGAUUACGUGCAUUCCAAGGGUCUUCUCUUCGGAAUCUACGAGGACUAUGGGAAUUUCACCUGUGCCGGCUACCCCGGAAUCCUGGGGCACUUGGAAGUGGACGCCAACACGUUUGCUGAAUGGGAUGUCGAUUACGUGAAGCUCGAUGGCUGCUAUGCUGACCCAAUAGAUAUGGAUCAAGGUUACCCAGCAUUCGGCCAAUACUUGAACCAGACAGGAAGGCCCAUGGUCUAUUCCUGCUCUUGGCCGUUUUACCAGAUCAUCAUCGGAAUGGAGCCCAAUUACACAGCGAUCAAGACGACGUGCAACCUGUGGCGAAAUUAUAAUGACAUCCAAGACUCGUGGGAAAGCGUCAUGGACAUAGUGGAUUACUACGGUGAUAAUCAAGAUUUGAUCGUGCCCCAUGCCGGCCCGGGACAUUGGAAUGACCCCGAUAUGCUGAUCAUCGGGAACUUCGGAUUGAGCUACGAACAAAGCAAGGUGCAGAUGGCAAUUUGGGCGAUCCUGGCCGCCCCACUCCUGAUGUCCGUGGACCUGCGAACGAUUCGACCCGAGUACAAGGCCAUCUUGCAGAACAGGGGCCUCAUCGAAGUGAACCAGGACCCACUCGGCGUCCAAGGGAGACGCGUCUCCGCGAACCAAGGCAUCGAGAUCUGGGCUCGUCCCAUAACCCCGGUGAACGGUGAAAAGCACUCCUAUGCCAUCGCCUUUGUCAACCGCCGCACCGACGGAACCCCAACGGAAGUCUCCGUCAUUCUACAAGAUAUCGGACUGGACAGUCAGACCGGCUACCACAUCACCGACCUGUACGAAGAAAGCGACCUUGGAAUCCUGCUACCGGAUGAUAUGCUGAGUGUCGAUGUUAAUCCUUCAGGCAAACCAGCCAUGAGUAAUUCCUGGGUAGUCCCUGCAAUUAUUGUGAUAUGUGCCACUGUGAGUUCUGCCUUGGACAAUGGGCUUGCACGUACACCUCCCAUGGGAUGGCUAGCAUGGGAACGGUUCCGAUGUAAUACAGACUGUGUCAAUGACCCUGAGCAUUGUAUCAGUGAACACCUUUUCAAGACGAUGGCUGAUCUGGUUGCAUCAGAAGGUUAUGCUGAGGCUGGAUACAAAUAUAUAAUUUUGGAUGAUUGCUGGCUUGCCAAGGAAAGGGAUGCCUAUGGGAGGUUGCAGCCUGAUCCUCAACGAUUCCCUAGUGGCAUGAAGGCUUUGGCUGAUUAUGUGCACUCCAAGGGUCUUCUCUUUGGAGUCUAUGAAGAUUAUGGAAACUUCACCUGUGCUGGCUACCCUGGAAUCCUGGGACACUUGGAUGUUGAUGCCUACACAUUUGCUUCUUGGGGUGUUGAUUAUCUAAAGAUUGAUGGCUGCUAUGCCAACCCAAAAGAUAUGGAUCAAGGGUACCCAGAAUUUGGGUUUUACUUGAACUGGACAGAAAGGCCUAUUGUCUACUCCUGUUCUUGGCCAUGCUAUCAGGUCGCCACAGGAAUGAAGCCAAAUUACACAGCAAUCAAGUCAGUAUGCAACUUGUGGCGAAACUAUGAUGACAUCGAUGACUCAUGGGCAAGUGUCCUGGAAAUAUUGGACUACUAUGGUGAUAAUCAAGAUUCAAUUGCACCUCAUGCUGGCCCAGGACACUGGAAUGACCCAGAUAUGCUGAUCAUUGGGAAUUUUGGACUAAGCUAUGAAGAGAGCAAGGCGCAGAUGGCACUUUGGGCAAUUCUGGCUGCUCCACUCCUGAUUUCUGCAGACCUACGUACCAUUCGACCCGAGUAUAAGGCCAUCUUGCAGAACAAGGGUAUCAUUCAAGUCAGCCAGGAUUCUCUUGGCAUUCAAGGAAGACGCAUAUUUAAGGACCGAGGCAUUGAGAUCUGGGCCCGUCCCAUAAAUCCAGUCAACGGCGAGAAGCACUCCUUUGCUCUUGCCUUCCUCAACCGUCGCACAGAUGGGACCCCAACAGACGUCUCUGUCACCCUCCAAGAUCUGGGACUGGACAGUCCAAGUGGCUACAGGAUAACAGAACUGUUUGCAGACCAUGACCUUGGAUUCCUGCUGCCACAUGGAAAGCUGAUUGUGGAUGUUAAUCCUUCUGGUGUUGUGAUGGUGCGUUGUGAUGUUCAGCCCACAUAUCUCUUCCAUGAGAAUGAAUUGGAUGCUUGACUCUUCUUUGUCUGGAGAUGUUCCAACCUGCAACCUGCUCUUAUGCAUGUGAUACCAUAAGCCUUUCAUUUGUUGCUAUCUUAUGGUGCCUCCUUGUGAAAGUACAGAGAACUUUUCCUUUUCCAGGAUUCACCCCCUCUGUUUUAUACUUGACAAAUUAAUUGACUGACUCUGUGCCUCUUCAUUUUACUGUCAACUACGUCAACUGAAGUGCCAGUCGAUGCUUGUUUAAGAUAUCAUCCAAAAGUCUUUGUGCUAGAUUGUGUAGGUCCCCAUCAGUGGCUACCUGUUACUUCAUACCAGUGUAUGAAUUUCUACCAGUGAUUUCUGUAUGUUUAUUAGAACUUAGUCAAGCAGGCAUUUGUUGCAGAAUGUAAUGUUCUUCUACAAUAAGGUGACCUUUUGUGCUUCAAAAAUUGCUAUCAGCCUAGCCCACCUUUUCUCAAUCUCCCUGAACCUAUACUUGAAGGACUUUGGUAUUAGCUUGUGAAAGAAAAUGAUGUGCACACAACUGCAAUUUUUAACCUUGCAUGGCAAAAAUUAUAGCAUAAGACCAAAUUGGUAUAUUAUUUUGAAAUGAAGUGCAUUAGAUCAGGGAAGAGUGGUACUAAUGAUUUUCCAUAUUGCAUCUGUAUGACUUAACACAAAUGUAGAAAUCAAACGAUGUGAACUUUUUUGUAUACUUGUUAUAUGUUUCAUGCAUUUCUCAUUAUUAUCCAGCAUUUGUGCCUUCACUUGUGAUUUCUACAAGAUGCACAUGCAUAGAACACCUGCUGAAAGAAGAGUGUGAUAUUUUGCCAUUGUGUAUUUCCAGUGCUUGCAUCUCAUUGCAUUCCUAUGAUUACCUAAAGUUAAAUGGGUUUGGAGAUAAUAUUGUUUCUUGAAAGAAAAAUUAUUUCAGCUGCUCUUGUCCAGAAGAAUAACACAUCUGGCUGCCUCAAAAGCUCAUAGCCAAUAGCAGGUGCAACCUCACUGCUGUUGCUCUCAUUAUUUUCACUCCCAC